CCAAAAUCCCUCUUUUCUCCCAUUUCAAAGUAUCUCUACUGUUACUCUUUUUAGUAUUUUUGGUUUUCUAUUUUAUAAUAACAUGGAGGAAGCAAUGCGACGUCUAAACGGGGUAGCUCCGAUUCUCGGACCCGACCCGAAAGCUGACGGAGGAGUCGUCGCUGAUAACCCGAAGCGUUCCUCCGCCGUGAACAAGAGGGCCUUAAGAGAAGACGGCGGCGGAGCGAUGAGGUACCGCGGCGUGAGGCGCAGGCCGUGGGGGCGUUACGCGGCGGAGAUAAGGGACCCUCAGUCGAAGGAGCGGCGGUGGCUGGGAACCUUCGACACGGCGGAGGAAGCCGCCUGCGCCUACGACUGCGCCGCCAGAGCCAUGCGCGGCCUCAAGGCUCGCACCAACUUCGUCUACCCAACUUCUCCGCAACCUUCUUCCGCCACCACCGAACACUUCUUACCUAACUUCAACAACAGCAACAACUUUCACAAACACUCAGUCUUCAAUCACCACCACGGUAACCGCCACAUAACCGGUUCCACCACCUGCUUUGACCAGCCUCACGCCGUUGACUUUUUAGCUCCGCGAAACUCUUCUUCUUCUGCUCUCAACAUGCUUCUCUUUCGCGACCUCGUUCACUCUAACCCUUCUUUGCUUUCUUCUUCCACUACUCAUAACUUUCACGACCAGUUUUACAGCAAGGGUGCUUCUACUUUUUCGUCUUUACCUGGUGUUUCUUCUUCUUCUUCUUCUCUUGUUCCUUGUUAUUCGGUGAACAAUUCUUGUGGAGGCUCUUCAUCUGUUAAGAUGAACACUCACUGUGGAACUAAUUUUUCUGAAAAAGGUGAUGAUGGUGAUGGUUCUGGGUUUUUCUCUCGAGAGUCUUCGGAUUCGGGGUUGUUGGAAGAGAUAGUUAACAAGUUCUUGCCCAAAACGAAGCCUAAUAAAUGCGAGAGUCUGCCAAAAAUGGAGACUUUUCGCAACCCUCAGGAGGAGUCGCUUCUUCUCCCUCCGCUUGUUUCUGAAUCAACGCUUGUUUCCACCGCGCAAGAAUGCUAUGAUGAUGACACGAAGAAGGGGUUUCUGAAGAACGACAGUUUAGGUGUUUUUUCUUCUGAUCAUCAAGGUUUUCCCAUGCAGCAAUUCGACGCCUUUAAUGGGUUUAGUAGUGUGCAGGCUAUGGCUCUGGGGAAUGAACAAAUCAUGAUGAAUCAUGCAGAGAACUGUGUUGUUGAAGAUGUUUUUCAGUACCAAGAGCUUCUUAAUGCUUUUGCAAUCAGAAUGCAAAAUACUUAAAUAAUUAGUGUGUCAAAGCCAAUGUUGUUGUCAACUCCAGUGUCUGUAUCCCAAGUUCUCAAUGUUAGUUGUACAUGUAGUGAGGUGGUUGAAUCUGCCUCUUCUCAAUGUUGGUGUUGUCUUUCAAUUAGAAACUAAUUAAUCUUUAGGGUUAUGUUGUUACUAGGUUUAACCAGCCUUAGUUUGUUCGAGCUUAAUUACUAUGUAGUAUGCGGUAUGCCUCUGGCUGGCUUCUAUUAUGUAUGGAUAUAUAA